UCUUUAAGUUAACUGAAAAGCAUAGGGAAUGAGUUAUAUGCUGAAACAAAUUAAUCCCUAACUUAUUAAUUAAUAGCCUCGUAGAACACACUAAACCCUUAUUAUCAGUGUUUACACUGUUGGGUAUCGAGAAUGGCUGAGUUGAACGACUCUGCAGAUGUUUUUGCCAAUAGCAGCACAGAAACAGUCCAAGAAAACUUAGACUACAAAGAUUUCUUGGCUAACACCAAGAAAGGCUCCAUGUUACCGUUUAUGGACGAUAGUAGAUUUGAUGAAUUCCGAAGUCAUGUCUUCACUUCAUCACCAAUGUCUCCACAGAACAAAAUACUCGACGAUUCUGAGAACAUUAGCUUUAUCGCUAAUCAGUUCAUCUCUGAAGCUUGCAAUGUUCCUGUCGUCCUCUACUGUCCCUUUUGCUGCUUUACGUGUCAUUUUGAAUUCAUCUUCAAAGACCACAUAAAGAAUUCUCAUCCAACUGAAAUCAUGAAUAUUGCCAAAAGUACCAACUACUAUUUUGAGUUUCACGCUUGUCCUUUCUGCCAUGCUAAAUUUUAUGUAAAAGAUCUUCUUCCAAAACAUGUUCUGCACAAACAUGAAGAUUCGGUUGUCUUCUUGGGCCUCGGGCGAAACAACUAUGCUCAGUGUAGGUUUUGUUCCUUCAAACUGCUGCAAAAACACGUCAAGAGGUUGAUUAUGCAUGUGGAGAAAAAACACAUGAACGAACUAGAGAACUUUCUCAAGCAUCAGAACACGAGCAUCACUCUCAGUUCAAAAGAUAUGAAAUUUUUUUGUGAAGAUAUUGAAGACCUAAACUCAGCGGAUGACGACAAAGCAAUGAAAAAACCUACUGCCAGUAGAAGUGGAGGUAAAGUGAAACGAGUGAAAUCGAUUCUAAAACCUCCUAAGGAUCCAUUGGAGGAAAUGAACCUUCAUGAUGAAAAUCGCUGUGCUGUAACACCACCUAACAACGGAAGUUACGAAGCAAUCAGGAUACAAAAUAGUGCUCGUCGAAAACUUAGAUUUGAUAUACCAGAAUCUAUUGACGAGGAUAAAGAAAACACUGGUAUGGUUGACCUGAAUAAAGAAAAGAAGAAUAAAAUCAGGUGGUUUUCUUUGUUUAAAAAAGAGAAAAAGCCACAGACUCAGUUGUCAUCGGCCUUCAAACCAAUUACUACACCACCAAAAAACCCUUGCGAGAAGACCACUUCUUUCUUUACCAAGUUUCAUUUGGAAAAUGACGGUAUAAGCCCACUAACUACGAAUCACUUCAAAUGUGGCUUGUGUCAUGAGGACUUUGAGAACAACGCCCAGCUUCUGAAUCAUCUGCAGUAUCACCACAGAGGUCUCAACUUGACGGCACAGUAUCGCUGCGGUGCUUGCAACGCCAAGUUCUACAGGAAUAGCUAUCUCGUACGUCACUGCUGGUUUCACCACACUCCGCUUUGUCUCAAGAAAGGCCAGCAAGAUGAUGCCAUGUAGGUAAGUUAGGGUUUUUGUUUGGUUUUAAACCACUGUCACAAUUAUUUUAUCUUAAAGCUAUAGGAUAUUAGAUAUUAAAAUCCUAAUAAUGUCAGUUUCCUAUAUUCAGUCUAACUGAUAACACUUCUGUGUAACCUUGCAAAUUGCCGGUACAAAAACCUCAGGUGGUUAGGGUUCGAAUGUUAACAAUGUCUUGUGAUUCUGUUAUUGUAAAAAUUAAUGGCUUAGUGGUAAGUUCUUGUGUUUUAACCAAUAUAUUUAUUAAUUAGCUAAUCAUACAUUUAUUGUUUUUAAAAUCAAUCCAUUAUGAUCUAUAAUCUAUUACGGUAUAAGAUAAUGUAUAACGUUUUUUUUAUGGAAUCCACUAGGUAACGAUCAAUCUUGUUCUCGGUGUUUUAUAACUAUAGUCUGAAGCCUUUAUACUGUAAUCAUUCGUAAUUUCUAUUCAUUCAUUUCAGUCAAUAGGGUUUUUAUAUGCCAGAUCAAU